AUGGCUGCUGCUCAGAUUUCCCGCAAAGUGGUGAAGAAGGUGUUGGCCAUCGAGCAGGCUGAAGGGGCCGGUGCACUCGUUAGGCGGUCCAUUGGGACAAUGAAACUGAGGAACCUCACGCCAUUCCUCGUCCUAGACCACUUCCAUGUUUCUAAGGGCGCUGGAUUCCCGGAUCACCCCCACCGUGGCCAGGCUACUGUGACCUACAUGCUUGAAGGUUCGAGCAAACACGAGGACUCAGCCGGUCACAAGGGGACGAUAGAAACGGGCGGUGUCCAGUGGAUGUGCGCAGGCAAAGGCAUCAUCCACGCAGAGAUGCCAGUGCAUGCUCCUGACCAACCGGAGCCUCGGGGUCUGCAAUUGUGGGUGGACCUGCCCAAGGAAUACAAGAUGGUGGAACCUUCAUAUCAAGAGCUAGGGCCAGACCAGAUCCCGAGCGCAUACCCAGAGGGUCCUGAAGGCCCUGUCCAGAUCAAGGUCAUCAGCGGAAAAAGCCACGGUGUUGAAUCCCCCGUACGACCGCUGGGUGGUUGCUGGUAUUUCCAUGUAAUAUUCAAGAAGCCUGCAACCAUUUGGCAGGAUCUUCCUGCUGGAUGGACGUCGUUUAUCUACCUCUGGAAAGGCGCGGUGAAGGUCGGCGACGAGCCCGUACCGUUCGAGAAAUUCCACACCCUCGUGCUAUCGUCUGGAGGGACAGAGAACGGUGUUAAGCUCGAGGCGACCGAAGAAGACACCAACCUCGUUUUGAUCGCGGGAGAACCCCUGGAUCAGACCGUCUUCCAGUACGGACCGUUUGUGAUGACAUCACGCGAGGAGAUCCAGAAGACGCUGAUAGACUACCAACUCGGGAUGAACGGCUUCGAGAAGGCGCAUACUUGGAAGAGCGAGAUCGGUAAUCAAUAA